AUGAAGAUUGCGAUCGAGACCUUGGCUCCUUUUGGUAAAACCUACACUUUGGAGGAUCAGGCACGAUACUUGGGAAAAUCGUCUUCUGUAGUUGCCAGGGAAAUUGUCGAAGAUUUUAAUCUUCCGAUCACGGCAGAGGAGUACCACAAGUCAUACAGACAAUCAAACUAUACAUACAUGAAAGAUGUUAAGCUUCUGCCUGGUGUUAAGGACUUCAUCCUCCACUUGCACGAAUUCCGAAUACCCAUCGCUAUUGCCACCGGCUCUAUCAGCGAAAUGAUCGCCCUAAAGUUUCAAUCCCACCCGGAUAUCAAAAAUGCCUUCCAUCACAUAGUGUGUGGCAAUGAUCCGGAGCUGGGGCCGGACAGAGGCAAGCCGGAGCCGGAUAUCUAUCUACUGGCGGCCUCCCGCUUCCACCCUCCAGCAGAUCCCAGGAAGUGUCUGGUUUUCGAGGAUUCGCCAGUUGGCUUAAGAUCCGGACAAGCAGCCGGCAUGCAGGUUGUGUUCAUACCCGAAAGUGAAAACUCCCGGGCAAGGGGAGAGGAUCCUACGAUGGUGCUGAGAUCCAUGACAGAGUUCCAGCCCGAACUUUUUGGACUGCCUGCUUAUCCCAACUGUUCCAAAUUUGAGUUCGGCUGA